GCCGAUGCUGCCUCUGUCCAUGGUGAUCGGGUGGUCGCCGCUGCAGCAGGAACACGUGCUCCCAUAGAUUGCCAUUCACGACGUAUAUCCGUGCUCGUUCGCGACUAAAAGGUCACGGCGACCAACGCUACCGGGCGAGUAUUGAUUGUAAAGAGCAAGAACGAUGGGCAACGUGUUCGCUUCGAGUCCUUUAUCUCCACCGACGGCCAUGGCCCCGGCCCCUCCACCGUCGGUACCAGAGCCACCGGACCAGCGUGAGUUGUCACUUCAAGACGACGGUGAAGUGCAGAACCCCGGUACGCUAGAAGACCUUCAUAAGAAGUGUAAAGACAUAUUUCCUGCAAACUUCGAGGGAGGUCGCCUGAUGGUGAACAAGGGUCUCAGCAACCAUUUCCAGAUCAGUCAUACCCUCAACAUGAGCUCUAUAACGCCCUCCGGGUACAGAUUUGGAGCCACGUAUGUGGGCACGCAGCAGUUUGGUCCGGCCGAGUCGUACCCGGUUCUGCUAGGCGACAUCGAUCCUAGCGGUAACCUAAAUGCGAACAUUAUUCAUCAGUUUACUCCUCGCAUUCGCACCAAAAUAGCGGCGCAAGUCCAGGACAACCGGUACGUUGCAACGCAACUGACCGCUGACUACCGAGGUCCAUCGUACACCGCAUCGGCCACGCUAGGCAAUAUUGACAUCCUGAACAACUCUGGAGUCAUUGUGACGCACUACCUUCAGAAUGUGCUUCCGAACGUGGCCCUCGGCGCCGAGUUGGCAUACCAGUAUGGACCUCAAGUUCCGGGUGGCGAAAUUGCCGUCCUCUCGAUGGCGGGACGUUACACUGGCCCCAACUACAUAGUCAGUGGCACCUUGGGCAUGGCGGGGGCACACUGCUGUUACUACCAUCGCGGCAGUGAAACGACGCAAGUGGGCGUCGAAGUCGAGACGAACUUCAGGGUGGGCGAAAGCGUUGCCUCCAUUGGCUACCAAGUGGACUUGCCCAAGGCGAACCUAGUUUUUCGCGGUAUGGUCGACAGCAACUGGACCGUGGGUGCUGUCCUCGAGAAGAAGCUGCAGCCACUACCGUUCACCUUCGCCCUAAGUGGCAUGCUUAACCAUGCGAAAAACCAGAGCAGAUUUGGUUGCGCACUUAUCAUCGGCUAGCGCGUUUUUAGUGCAUUUAGCGGCAGAGAAAGGGCAUGUUUUUUUGAGCGGAGGCUUUAGCAUGGCCGACCUGUGAAGGAAAUGCCUUGGAUGCAAUUUCACAGUGGUCCUAGCAGAGCUGCCCCCAAGGGUAUGCUGGUUGUUCUUACUAGGGUAGUUACAUUCAUAUCCAUUGUUCCAUCUGUACCAGCCCAUUUUUUGCCUACCUGUGGAGGUGUAUAAAUAGGCUUUAAGCAUCUUUCAUUUGGACAAAUGUAUGUCUAAAUGUGUUAUUUUUUUUCACUAGUGGUCCAUAGCUGUGUAGCUGUAGGUCAUUUAAGUAAUUUCAUCUAGGUGCUAUAUUUCGUUUUCUUGAAUCCUGCAGACAGUGGCUGUUCCGGUUCAACUGUGGCACAGCUGAAAAUAUAAUAAACGCUAAUAUUCAAAAUGAAAGCCUUUUUUUAUCAGCGUUUAUUUGUAGUGCAGAAUUUGCCAAGUGUCUGCUCUUGGCGUAGAUUCCAUCUGAAAAUGAAAAAUGCAGUUGAAUAAAUACACUUUCAAGAAUGUUAACUACAAUCUGAAUGAAUAAUUAACUGCAUUCAGGUUAUUUCCUACAUGUAAUACUAGGACUUGCUGGAAAAACCUUGUUUAAUUGAAUGCAAUUAAUUGGUGCUUUACACCACAUCAUGCAUAAAAUGAUGCUUACUCUGUUACAUUCACAAUGGUGUGUGCCACUCAUGUAAUAUGGCUGCUGCAAUUCACAUGCAUUUUGCUGUUACAUCUGCUGUAAGCUGCCUUGGUGUAUAGUGCAUACAUGUAGCAUCUAAUUGAGUUAGUGCAUGCAUAUUUUCAGCUAAAAGCUUGAGGAA